AAUCCUGACUGUCCCCAGCUGUGGAUGCAGGACAAAGCAGAAGCGCUCCGAUUUAUAUAAUUAAAAAAAAACCAGGACCGCUACUUCUGGAUUGUGUUUUUUUUAGUUCUUUUCGUUGACAAUCCAACCCAAAAAGAAGCCAUGGCGACAAUGUUCAGAUACCCCGUCUUUCCUCAUCUGCAGGAUUCGCGUGACCCUGGUCUGUCGCUGUCUCCAGGGAGGAGUGUCAUGGCCGAGCCAGACUGUUUGGAGAGUGACUCCGAUCAGCUCAUCAAACCCAAGAAAUUAAUCAACCCGGUCAAGAACUCCCGCAACCAUCAGGACCUCCACAGGGAGCUGCUUAUGAACCAAAAGAGGGGCCUGGCUCCUCAGAACAAACCCGAACUCCAGAAGGUUCUGGAGAAGAGGAAGAGAGACCAAGUCCUCAAAGCUCAGAAGGAAGAGCAGGAGGCGGACAAGAAGAGGAGCGACUUGGAGAUUGAACUCAUGAAAAGACAACAAAAAUUGGAACAGCUGGAGCUGGAGCAACAGAAGAACGAGGAGGAGCAGGAGAACACUCCUGAGUUUGUGAAAAUGAAGAGCAAUCUGCGCCGGACCAAGCAGGAGACAGACGGCGACGAGAGAACCACUUAGACGUCACCAGAUAGUGUGCGCGCGCGCGUGAGGUGAUCUUACCACAGUCCGAGAUGAACUUCCUAGCUGCCCUCACAACCUCGCAGUUCCUAACCUGCAGUGAGGAGAGACUUUUACAGACUCAAGACCCCUCUCUUGCCUGCCCGCCAAGGACCCCUAACCCAUCAAUACACACACACACACACACCACGCAUAGAUACACACAUAGUUUUCUUCCUUUGUUUUCACUCCUUUCUCCACACACCACGCUGUUGUGGCACGGUGGUUUGCAUUUGUAUUUUUUUGGAUUUGUGUUCUCACCUACAGAAUCACGAAAAAGAAAAGUGGACACUGGAUGGACUCUCUACAAGCUGUGUAAUUGUAAAAAGAAGGGGGGAAAAAAGCCAAGCAAAAUGUGCUUUUCUUUAUUUAUGUUUGUAGCUUUUUAGCCUGCUUCUAGAAGAAAAGGUGGGCUGGGGAGGCAAGGUUGAGGAACACUUUUAUUAGUCGUUUUGUGUCAUUUUGUUUGUCUUACAAGUGUAUUUAGUUUAUGAAGCCAGAAUGGGACAAAGGGAGUUUGUUUGAUUUUGUCAUUUAAAUCAUGCCACUUUCACAGAUGAUACAUUUUGGAGCAAUAGAAUUCCCUCAAGGCAUGAGUGAAAUUUUCUUUAUAUAUCCUGUUGUUUUGUAUUAAUAAAAGUGUUAAAUACACCCUAUAA